AUGGGUAGAGAUCACACCACCAAGCAACACGCUAGAUCCGGUCACAGAGAAGCUCCAAAGUCCGAUAACGUUUACUUAAAGUUAUUGGUUAAGUUAUACUCUUUCUUAGCUCGUCGUACCGAUGCUCCAUUCAACAAGGUCAUCUUAAAGUCUUUAUUCUUAUCCAAGAUUAACAGACCACCUGUUUCUGUUUCCAGAAUCUCCCGUGCUUUAAGACAAAAGGGUGCUGAAAACAAGAUCGUCGUCGUUGUUGGUACCGUUACCGAUGACAACAGAUUAUUAGAAUUCCCAAAGGCUACUGUUGCUGCUUUAAGAUUCACCGCUGGUGCCAAGGCCACCAUCUUAAAGAACGGUGGUGAAGCUAUCACUUUAGAUCAAUUAGCUUUAAGAGCUCCAAAGGGUCAAAACACCUUAAUCGUCAGAGGUCCAAGAAACGCCAGAGAAGCCGUUAGACACUUUGGUUUCGGUCCACACAAGAACAAGGCUCCAAGAAUCUUAUCUAAGGGUAGAAAGUUCGAAAGAGCUAGAGGUAGAAGAAACUCUAAGGGUUUCAAGGUCUAA